ACUUCUCCAAACAAAAGCUUCCACUGCCCUUAGGUAUGGGACCCAGCUUGCAACCUGGCUAGGGAGUAGGUGGCCUGCAGUCCUGCCUGUCAGUGGGGGCAAAGGCAGGCAUGGGGGUUAAGACUAGGGCGUCCCAGCCUUUGCUCACCCUCCUGUCCAUGGACAGAGCCAGCCAUGGCGGAAGAAGUCUGGGUGGGAACCUGGAGGCCCCAUCGCCCCCGGGGGCCCAUCAUGGCCCUCUACAGCAGUCCUGGACCCAAGUACCUGAUUCCACCUACCACAGGCUUUGUGAAGCACACGCCCACCAAGCUGCGUGCACCUGCCUACAGCUUCCGUGGAGCCCCCAUGCUCCUGGCAGAGAACUGCUCCCCAGGGCCUCGCUAUAGUGUGAACCCCAAGGUACUGAGGACCGGCAAGGACCUCAGCCCUGCCUUCUCCAUCCUGGGGCGCUACCACACAAAGACCAUGCUGACCCCUGGCCCCGGUGACUACUUUCCAGAGAAAUCUACCAAGCACGUGUUCGACUCGGCGCCCAGUCACUCCAUUUCUGCCCGGACCAAAACCUUCCGAGUGGACAGCACCCCAGGCCCUGCCGCCUACAUGCUGCCCAUGGUGAUGGGGCCCCACACUGUUGGCAAGGUCUCCCAGCCUGCCUUCUCCAUCAAGGGCCGCAGCAAGCUGGGCAGCUUCAGCGACGACCUGCACAAGGUGACAGUGACCAAGCCCUGCGCCCCCAUUGUCACCUUCGGCAUCAAACAUUCUGACUACAUGACACCCCUGGUCGUGCAGGUGGACUAGCCCAGUCCCACCCCACCAUCAUGCCUGGCCCUAAAGGGCAAAGCAUGCUCGUUUAGACAAUUGUGACAUUUUUUCUAUGCUACUUUCCCAUUUGCUAAUUUUGUUCCCUUCUGUGACCACAUACAUAAUAAAUCAUGAUUCCAUUACGUAUGAGCAUGUCUCGGGGGGAGAUCAAGCUUCUCCAGCCUGGGGUCUGAGCAGAAACAGGAGGGCUAGGGAGCAAGGACACCCUGCCCUGUGUUCAUGGUAGACUUGAUGGUCACCUGCACUCAUCCCCUCCCAUGUGCUCUUCCCCCUUCUUGACGGACUCUCCCUCUCUGAGAGAAGGGGUCUGUGUUCCCCUUGAAUCUGAGCCUUGACCACCCUAAACUGGUGCCAGGUGACUUUUAAGGCCAGGCCACACAGCAUAUGGAGGAAACAGCUUCUGCAUGGAUCCCCCCACACCUUGCUCACCACAUUGCUAGGGGGAGACCUGUGCAGCACCCGAGAAGUCGGCCCAGCUGGCCCUCAGCUCACACCAGCACUGAACUGCAGCUGUGCCAGCAAGUCUUCAGGUGAUGGCAGCCCAGCCUGUUUCCAGGUCAGUCCUUAACAUCCCAGGGCAGAGACAGCCUGUCACCAAUUCCAGCCACAAUAACUGUGGGACAUAAAUCACUUGCGAUUUGAGUGAUUACGUUUUGGGUGGGGUGUGUGUUUUUCACCUCCCUCGAGGAUAUGUUGUUAUUGAUUUCAGAGGA